CCGCCCCGGAGACUAGAGCCGCCCGGGAAGGCGGGGCCUGCAAUUCCGGGGGCUCUGGGUCCAAGUUCAGAGCCGUGCACCCAGCGCCCGGGACCGGUACCUGGCGCCUGGAACCCCUGACCAUUGCUUCUAGAGAUUGCACAGCUGCCAGUUUGGGGGCUUGAUCCAAUCAGGAACACCCUGAAGUGAAGAUGGCCCCAUCCUGAUUUACUUCUAAGGAGACUGAAGUCCAGACUGGUUGUUCAAGAUCCAGCAACUAAGCCCCGGGGGCUGAGUGUGUUUGGCCUACUCCUCACUGGCAAUUCUCCAAUCUCCUAACUCCUUCUGGGAAGACCAGGCUUUCAAAACCCCAAAGCCCUGAAGACUGAUGGCUGCUGGAGUGUCCACCUUGCUCAGCCUGCCCAGCCCCUGCUGAUCAUCAUGGCUGCUGGGAAAGAGGCUCCUCUGAGCCCUUCAGCUGAAAACAGAUGGGGGAUUAGUGGUCCUGAGCAGAGCUUGGGUCACAAGCAGGUGCUGCUUGAGAAAACAAACCACUUGGGCUCCGUUACUGCCACAAGUAGGGGUGGCCUGGUUGUGGGUAGUGCUGAGUUGGCUGUGCCAACAGUACCAGACAAGCCCAGACUGGGCAAGCCACUGCCCAGGAAGACACAUGGGGAAGAAAGGCAGGGUGCUUUCAUGGACCUGCCACAGCUCCAUGAGAGACGAGGGGGUGAUCAGGAGAAGGAGCACAGAGAUGCUUCAGGCCAGCCUGACCCUCAGCAGCAUAGCCAAGAUGUUCCCAGGGCCCCAGUGGGCAGCACAGUCUCCUCUGUGUGGCCUGGCACAGCCCGAGGUGAGCAGAGGAGCGCCUUCAGCAAACCCACCAAGCGCCGAGCAGAGAGGCCUGGGCCCACCUCCAUCUUCCAAGCAGGUGAAUCUGCAGACUCCCUAAUGGAGCUCUCCGGAUUUCUCAGUACUCUAGAUAUCCCUUGUUGGGGUCGAAUGUCAACUUCCAAGCUGGUGGUUGGCGAUUUCUGGAACUUGCACACAUUGUCACAGAACGCUCUGCUCUGCAGCACUUUCCAGGGUGCCCCUGUGCUGUGGCUGGAGCACACCCAGGCCCAGGUACCCACAUCUUCUCCAGCCUCACGGGCCCUCCUGCCACCCACAAUCACCUCCCUGGGCUUCUCCACCCAGAACUGGUGUGCCAAGUGCAGCCUCUCCUUUCGCCUGACCUCUGACCUGGUCUUCCAUAUGCGAUCCCACCACAAAAAGGAGCAUGUGGGACCUGACCCACACUCUAAGAAGCGCAGGGAAGAGGCCCUCAUCUGCCCUGUUUGCCGUGAGUAUUUCCGGGAGCGCCACCAUCUCUCCAGGCACAUGACUUCUCACAGUUAACAGGUGGCAGAGGAGCAAACCUAACUCAGCGAUGAGGCAGAGGGAGCUCCCUGGCCUGCCUCAAGGCCAUCACAAUACUGCAGCUCUGUUGUAAUUUGGAAAAAAAAACAGACCAGAACUUGUGAUGUAUCUUGCAAGAAAUGAAGUCAUGAAAUAAAAGGAUGCACUUUGCUCAUCCAGACUGAUGGGACCAUUGGCACAGGGAGUGGGCUGCUUCUGGUUCUGUCUGUUUAUCUGCAUGGAAACAUGUUUGGUGCACACAUAAGCUUUGCAGUCAGGCAAGUGUGCAUUCCAUCUGGACUCUAUCAUCUGUGAGCUGAUACCUGAGCCAUGUUCCUUCAAUCUGCUGAGCCUCCGUUUUCUUAUCUGUAAAAUGGAGGCAAUAAGCCCUUUGUCUGAUGGAUGUUGUCAGAGUCACAAGGAAGGUGUAAACAGCAAUCACCUCACUGCCUGGCAAACUGGGCACCAAGUACAUGAGGUUAUGCUCACUGUCUGCACUAAUCAGCUUUGUUAGCAAUUAAAUCUCAGGGCCACAAUAGCACAGGCAUCUACUUCUCAGCCGCUUGUCAGUAGGGAGACCAGGGUAAGGCAGGCUGGGCUGGACAUGGCUCCAGGUCUCAGGAUCAAUUCGAGUCCAUGCUUUUUUUCUUCUAGGGCACAUGGGCUGCCCAGAACUAACCUCUCUCAUAGUGAUGCCAAGAGCAUGAGAGUGCAAGUCUAGAUACAGAGACACAUCUCAAGCAUUUGCCUGGAUCACAGUGCUUACCUCCCCUGGAACAAUGCAAGUCACAUGGCCAGAUGGCCAGAUCCAAAGUGGAGGACUGGAAAAAAUACACAAUAAAGCUGCAACAAGGAAAUGGAUGGACUUCCCUCCACAGGAGGUGAAGAAUGAGGGCCAGUAGUAGUUCAAUCUACCACCCGCACUGUGGGUCUUCACACUGUGAGUAUGGGAAAAGGGAAAAGUAGAGUACAUGUCAUGUGCAGAAGGGGGCUGAUGCUGCAGGAGCCGCCCUUCCCUGCUGCCCCAGGUGCAGCAGGAAAGAGGAACUCAGGGGCUCAGGGAUACUUGGCAUCCUUCUACCAUGUCAUCCCCCAAACAGUGCAAGAUGUGUAUACUGAAUGUCCACCUUACUGGAGAAAGAAACUAAGCUCAAAAGGGUUUGAGGCUUUCCUAAGACCACUGCUGUGGAGUAGCAGUGCAGAGAAGACCCAAGAUCCCUGAGUCUGAGCUUCUGUCCUUUCCAGUCCACCACAGGUCUGCUCAGCCCAGCACGGUCCCAGGGGAUUGUGGGUGAUUCAGUAAUCAGAACUUAGGGUUAAGCCUAGAUUCCUUGCCUCAAAUUUCAACUUAGCCUUGCUGCAUAUUCCCCCCACCCUCUCAUUGACCUUCUUUUGAGCAUUUUCCACUAUCUUGAAUACUAAGUAGUAUACUGAUUUAUCUUGUUUACUGUAGCUUCUGUCAUUGGUAUGAAAGGACUGACCUUUUUUUUUUUUUCUGUCUUGUUCACUGCUGCAUUCCAUUGUCUAGAACAAUGUGGGCACACAGUGGGUAUUUGAAAGACAUUUGUUGGAUGAGUGAAUGAAAGAAUGCACAAAUGAAAGAAAGAAAUAUUUGUUCUGGCCUCACCCCCUGCCAAAUAUCAAAUUGGUUUUUCAGGAGGGUUUGGUAUCUGUCAAAUGGUGUGCACGCUUGUCUUUUUCUGGCCUACUGGGUUGACCCAUAAUUCCUGUAAAAUCCACUUGACAGAGGAAAAUGUCCCUUCCCAAAAUGCAGUAGACACUUGGAAUUAAAAAGGACUUUAGAUUUAUAGUCUUCUCCGUACUUUGUAGCUGUGGACUUUGGGGUCCACAACAUGAAUUGAUGUGCUCAGUAUUUCAGGGCAAAUAAGUGGUGGAGAAGUCAAGGUUAUAACUCUGAGGUAUCUACACCUGUAGGUCAUCCCUGCCUGCCCACCCCAACUCCACAAGGAACUUCUGCUAUACCAGGUGAUAACUUGAAUGCAAUGAAUAAAGUGACCUCAAAUGUCAUUAUUAUUAUUAAUGUAAUUAUGACCCCACUAUUCACAAGCAGGGGAGGCAUUUUAAGAAGCUGUACAGUUAUGAAGCAACACAACAAAACAUCUUCCACCAACUCUCCUUUUAAAGAUAGAACUAAUGUUACUAAAAAUCAACUUUUAUGAUGGAUGGAGUAAGUCUUGGUAAAAAUUUAUGUACCUACAAGUUGCUUUUCAGGCAUUCAAAUCAACAAAGAUGAUUUAUAGAGGCGACAACUUAGAGUUGAUUAAUGUGACAGUUCUUAAGUAUCACCAGACUGGUUUCCCAGAGUCCUUUUGGAGAUGAGAUCCUCUGUCACCUCUUCCUUCCAGUCUCCUAUGCCGAUGGGAGUGAAGCCACUUGGACCCAUGGUCUGGCUAAGCUCUCUCAGUCACUGCUGUGGUCUGAAUAUUCAUGCCCCCCAAAUUCAUGUUAAGACCCUAACCCCCCAAGGUGACAGUAUGAAGAGGCAGAGCCUUUGGGAGGUUGGAAUUAGUAUCCUUAUAAAAGAGACCUCAGAAUACCAGCGGCCCAGUACCUCCAUGAGGACACAGCCAGAAAGAGCCAUCUAUGAACCAGGAACUCUACCCUCCCUCAUCAGACACUGAGUCUGCUGGCACCUUGAUAUUAGACCUUCCAGCUUUCAGAAUUGUGAGCAAUAAAUUCCUGUUCAAUUUAUAAGCCA